AUGUCGACACAACAGACAGUGCUCGGGGAGGCUUGUCCGCCUUAUCCGCAACCUCGGCCGAGGUUACCGACGAACUUUCCUACUGUUUUAAAGGAAUUCACGCGUGAGGUGCUGCGAGCGCAACCGCAUGAUAUUCUUGAGUGGAGCGCGGAAUAUUUUAAACAGCUCGCCCUCCUAUCCGACCCCUCCUGCCGCGUUCAACAAGCAAAAACCCCCCAAAGCGAUUUAAAUUAUGCUAAGGCCCAUGCCACUUCUCCUGUUGCUACUCCUGUUAAGGAAGAAAAUGGGAAGGGUAGGGAGGAGGAGGAGGAAGAGGAAGUAUUGACGGAAGAAGUGCUGCUUCUAGCUUUAGCCUCUCUGGAUGAAUCUCAUAAAGGGGUAAUUAGCAUCCAGGAGUUACGCGGCGUGUUGAGCGAGCACUUUAAGCUCAGCCCUGUCCAGUAUCUUUUUCUGAUAACGGCUCUCCCCACGACGGUAACGCACCAGGAUGAUAUUAUUGAAUACGAGACUUUUGUAAAGCAAUGCGCAUUUCUUUUGCCGUUUUUACAGCAUAUAGAGCAGGAUUUUGACUCGGUAGUUCAUCAAAAUCCAGAUGUGGAAAUUCACGGUAUGAACCGUGAAGAUCUAGAAAGGGAAUUCAGCAACUAUUUUUUUGAGCUUGAUAAAGAAUGCAAAGGGGUGAUUUCCUGGGGAGAAUAUUGUGAUGCCAUAUUGGAUGCACCAAUCCCUUUAACAGGCCGAGAUGUGCAGAUUAUUACUUUGGAAUGUAAACGCUAUAGAAGCGAUUAUGGCGAGGAAGUAGCGUACACUGAGGAGAUUCAGCAUCUGUUUGAGCGUUUAAUCCUGUCAUUUUAUUUGAACGAGUUUAUUUCCAAAGUGAUAGAAGGGGGGUAA